CUCCCUCUCUCGCUGGUCCCGCCUACUGUGUAAUAAUCACUUAUGUCGCUAGGCGGCAGAGUAGGGUCCUAGAACUGCAGCGGUCCUGAAUCUGCAGCGGUCCUAAAACUGCAGUCUCCGGGUCUGCAGCUUUAUACUAUUGGGAACUGAGAGAGACCGGUGUUUAUAUUUGAGCGGCGCGCGGAGGCUGAGUCCGGUUGUGAGUCCGGUUCUGAUUCUGACACGCGGCUCUGUGUGAUUAUGGAUCCGGCGGAGGUUCGGACCGUGGCAGAGAGGCUGGAGCGCUCCCUCACUGUUGAUGAUGAUGAUGAGGAGAAAUGCCGCAGGUACAGGGAGGAGGGGAAAGAAGCAGCCCAGCGAAGGGAUCUGGGCCGUUCUUUGGAGCUUUUCCGUCUGGCCUAUGAACUGCGGCCCAGUGCAAAGCUAGAGAGCCGAAUCCAGCGCCUGCAGGAAGCCAUAAAAGAUGCGGAGUCACAGGAGGAAGAAGAAGAAGAUGAGGAGUUUGUAAAUGUGAACGGCAGUGGGCUGAUGCUGUUUAAGGAAUUGUAUAACAAACUCUAUGAGCAUCAAAAAGAGGGUGUGGCCUUUCUUUACAGCCUGCACCGUGACGGCCGCCGUGGUGGUAUCCUGGCGGAUGACAUGGGCCUCGGAAAAACCAUACAGGUCAUUUCCUUCCUGUCAGGAAUGUAUGAUGCUGAGCUGGCCAAUCACUCACUGCUGGUCAUGCCCACGUCCCUCAUUAAAAACUGGGUGCGUGAGUUUGCCAAAUGGACACCGGGCAUGCGAGUGAAAGAGUUCCAUGGCACCAGCAAAGUUGAGAGGAACAGGAAUCUGGAGCGCAUCCAGCGGAAAGGUGGAGUCAUCAUUACCACUUACCAGAUGCUUAUCAACAACUGGGAGCAGCUAGCAACGUACCAGCAUCAGGAAUUCCGCUGGGAUUAUGUAAUCUUGGAUGAGGCUCACAAAAUCAAAACCUCUUCGACCAAAACGGCAAAGAGCGCCCACGCCAUUCCGGCCCGGAACCGUGUGCUGUUGACUGGCACUCCUGUUCAAAACAACCUGCGGGAAAUGUGGGCACUGUUUGAUUUUGCCUGCCAGGGGGCGCUGCUGGGCACUGCUAAAACAUUUAAGACGGAAUAUGAGAACCCCAUCACUCGUGCCAGGGAGAAAGAUGCCACACCAGGAGAAAAAACCUUGGGCCUAAAAAUCUCCCAAAACCUGAUGGACCUCAUCAGACCUUAUUUUCUCCGCCGGACAAAAGCAGAGGUGCAGCAAAAGAAGCAGAACGCCAAGGGGACCAGACACGAGGAGGAGGAGAACAAAUGUCCUAAUGCAGGAGAUUCAGCAGAAAUGCCCUCACUGACUCGUAAAAAUGAUCUGAUUAUCUGGACGUACCUGAGUGAGGUGCAGGAGGACAUUUACCAACAGUUAAUUUCACUGGACCACAUUAAAGCGUUGAUGAUGACCACUCGCUCUCCACUGGCUGAAUUGACUGUGCUGAAAAAGCUGUGUGACCACCCCCGCCUGCUCUCUGCUCGAGCAGUCACUCAGCUGGGCCUGGAGCAGGGGGCCGCCACAGACCUCGCCGCUCAGGAAAAUGAGAAUGAGUCUGCAGCGGGGAGCAUCGAACACGUCUCUGAUGAGACGCUGCUGGAGGAGUCUGGAAAACUGCGCUUCCUCGUGUCUCUGUUGGAGCAGCUCAAAGCGGACCAACACCGGACGCUUGUGUUCUCCCAGUCCAGAAAGAUGCUGGACAUAAUCGACCGCGUUCUGCGGAAUAGGAACUUUCGGCUGUUGCGAGUGGAUGGCACAGUGACUCAGCUGGUGGAGAGAGAGAGACGCAUCACCCUAUUCCAGACAGACAGACGUUACUCUGUCUUUCUGCUGACUACGCAGGUGGGCGGAGUCGGGAUAACUCUCACCGCGGCUAACAGGGUGGUGAUCUUUGACCCCAGCUGGAACCCAGCAACAGAUGCUCAGGCGGUGGACAGAGCGUACCGAAUCGGACAGACUGAGAAUGUUGUUAUCUACCGACUCAUCACCUGUGGCACUGUGGAGGAGAAAAUAUACCGCAGACAGGUGUUCAAAGACUCUCUGAUCCGACAGACGACAGGCGAUAAGAAGAAUCCAUUCCGCUACUUUAGUAAGCAGGAGCUAAAGGAACUGUUUACUCUGGAGGACACUCGCUCGUCCAGCACUCAGCUACAGCUACAGGCUCUUCACUCUCAGCACCGCCGCUCUGACGCCAGACUGGACUCACACAUCGCUGAGCUGCAUCGCAUGGAAAUGUUCGGGAUCUCUGACCACGACCUUAUGUUCUCCAAAGAGGACGCGGCGGAAGAGGACGAUCCUCAGGACGCGGAAGCGGACCUCUACAUUCAGAACCGGGUGCAGAAGGCGCAGGAGCUCGUACAGGCUGAGUCUGAACUGCAUGGCCAGCUGAUGGAAAGCGUGGCUAACAGCACUGAACCGGCCUGGCUUAGACUCGCAAAGCAGCGGGAGGUGGAGGAGCGUGGCAGCAAAGAGCGGGGGAAACGUACGCCCAUGCAGAGCCCCCCUGCUGUGGUGGACGUAACCCAGUCCGGCUCUGAGGAACUUCAUGACCUUUCUUACGCCGACGAGGUGGAGAUCAUUAGUGAAGAUGGUGAAGUAGAAGUUAAGAGUGAGCGUUUGAUGUCUGAUGAAGUGAUUGACUUGUCUGAUCAAGUCAGUGUUAAUGCUGCAUCUGCUGAAAGCUUAGUGAUUUCUUCUGCCGAGGACCACCCCCAGCACUCAGAGGGCGAGGACCACGACAACCGCACAAAGGAUGACCACCACAAUCGCACCAAGGACAACCUUGCUGAGGAUGACCACCACAAUCGCACCAAGGACGACCACAACCUCGCUGAGGAUGACCACCGAAACCUCGCUGAGGACGACCACCACAACCUCGCUGAGGAUGACCACUACAAUCGCACCAGGGACGACCACAACCUCGCUGAGGAUGACCACCACAAUCGCACCAGGGACGACCACAACCUUGCUGAGAAUGACCACCACAACCUCGCUGAGGAUGAGCACCACAACCUCGCUGAGGAUGAGCACCACAAUCGCACCAAGGACAACCACAACCACGCUGAGGAUGACCGCGACAACCAUGUUGAGGAUGACCACAAUGAUCACACCAAGGACUACUACCAUCACACUGAAGAUGACCGCCACAGCCACAACGAAGACCACCACCAUGCCGAGGACAACCACCAUGCCCAGGACCAUCACACUGAGGUCCUCAAUACUGAUCACAAUACGUCUCAAGGCACACAGGAAAUGUCACUUCAGGAAGAGAAUAAUUUCAGCCCUGUGAUGAAGGAGGAUCAGGUAAACAUGCAGCUUUUCUCUGUGCACGCCAGCCCUCCUGACCAAUCAGAUCCAUCACAAUCACUGCUGGAACCCGAGCUGAACGCAUCUAACCACUCCGUGCAGAUGGACUCGUUCCAAGGAAAAUUCAACUUAGAGUUGGAGGAUAGUGCAGACAUGUUCUCCUCUGAGGAGAAAGAGCAGGAGGAGGAGGAGAUGGAGGAGGAGGAGGGUGUAGAGAUGGAGCCAUCUUCUGAGGAGGGGAACUUCCAGCUGCAAAUGGAACUCAGCGGCAAGGCCAGUGCUUUUGACUUCCCUGUGAUCGAGCGUUCUGCCCUCUCCACUCCUGCAAACGACUCUGUCAACGUGGUCAGAAAGAAGAAAAAAGCCCAGAUGAUCUGUGACAGUGAGGAAGAAGAGGAGGAAGAGGAGGAGGAGAAGGAGGAGAAGGAAGAAGAGCAGGAGGAGAAGCCGUUGUUAGGAAGCAGUCCCUUGACUCGCAGCUUCAAAAACCUCGGCUCUUCCACACCCAAAACCACACUGAACGGUAGCGCCCCUCGCAGGCAGAGCAUGAACGCCUCGGUAGCCUCCCGUCGCUCGUUCGUGGAGUCAUUUCUGGAGGAUCUGGAGGAGGAUGAGGAUGAGGAGGAGGAUGAUGAUGCUGUUGAUGCAGAGCUCAGCCAAGCUUCUGAAAGCAGCAGAACAUCUUACACUGAAUCUGUGGAAGAGGAGGAGCCUAGCGGAGAAACGUUGGAUUCUGAGAACACACGCGGUAGCGAGGGAGUGAGCAGGUAUGAGACCUGCGCGGAAGAAGAGAGUGUGCUUGAGGAGUCUACUGGUGAUGUAGAGUUAUCUUCAGGUGAAGCUCUGGAACAGUAUGCUCCAAAAAGUGUUUCCAAAGCAGUUGCCAUUGGUGCAGAGGUCACCAAUAAUACAAGCCCACUUACGUUUGAGGCUCUGGUGCAUUCUGGGAAAUCUUGUCUUGCUGAGGGGAAAAAGCAAGAAGCUCUGGACUGGUUCUUGAAAGCAAUAGACAUCAACAGCGGAGACGGUGAAAUCCAGCUGCUCAUUAUUCAGCUCUACAGGCAGCUUAGCCAGCAGUGAUGAAUUAUAUAUGCAUGCUUGUAUACUCCAUACUUUAAAUGCAGAUUUUUUUUUCUAAGAAUUGAAUUUCAAUAUAAUUGUGUAAGAUUUAGUGUAACUGUAAUAAAAGUAAAUGAGAUUAGUUAAAACAGCUAUGGCUUCAAAAAAUGCAAUAUGUUUGCACAGAGAAACAUUGUUGAACUGAACCUAAUGAAAGACUGGUGUGUAAAACAGGAGAGAAAGGGAGCAGAAAUAAACUAGUAGGAAAUGAAUAGAUGAGAGAUGAUUUGGUUAAUUUACUAUUUUCAGUGUGUUUUUCAUCUCCAUAACAAUUCUGUUUCUCCUAACAAUUCUGUGUCUGAUGAAGCUGAGGAGCAAAUGAGCUAAAUUUAAACUUUAAUCAAAAAGGGUUUCCUGACUUUAAACAAUUAUAGAACCCCAUUUUAUUGCAGAAAGGGGGUUAACGAUCAUAUAGAACUAUUUAACCAGAAAAAGAAACGGUUAUUUGAGUUUGUCCUGGUUUCAUAGUUGUAAAGUUAAAAUGUGUUCAUCCUUGUUCAAAUCCAUGUCUAAGCAUUUAGACACAGUUCUAAUUUAUUAAAUUAAAUAACAUUGUGGGAGAGACAGAAAUGAGAGCAGAAAAUGUGUCAUAAUCUUAACACAUGUUAAAUUCAGUAAAUAAAUCAUUAUUGUGUAUAAAAAUGUGCAAAUCUGUUUCUUUGUGGAAAAUAUGACAGUGCUGUCAGACCUGGUAGAGGUCUAUACAGAUUAUAGUGACAUUUUUAUUUUAUUUUAUCAUGUACUGUAGAUGGUGGGUUAUCCAAUGUCUUUGCAGUUUACCAUUAAAGAACAUGAUUCAAUUGUUUUUAGAUUGGCAGAUUGGUGAGCCUUUAGUGCCCACCUUUAGUUUUAUUAAAUUUGCACUUUAGAAGUGAUAAAUUCAUAAUUUCAUAAUAUAUUGCUACAUUUGCUUUAUACAACAUUCUAAAAUCACUUGAUUGAUACACAAUUGUGUUCUACAUCCAUGUGGAAUUUAGUACAGGACCAAUGUAAAAUAUAUAUAUAAUAAAAUUAGUAAGUAGUAGUUAAUAGGGCUUCAACUAUAAGUCGAUAUAAUCGACAAUGUCGAUUAUUUAAAUUUGUCGACAACGAAUUUCAUUGUCGACUAAUAGUUCAUUUGUAACAGUACUGUAUUACAAGUUUUGGAGACCGAACUACAUUAGGAGAUUGGUAAAUGUCUCACUCUCACAGUUUACUCUCAACUUAAUGUGUCUCCAAAAGUGCCCAAACACUACAGAUUACAUAUUUACUCACUAAAUAUCAAACAUCCUGACAUUGAAAUGGUUUUUAAAGCUCGUGUUCAGCUGUUUCUAUCGUUUUUAGAGAUGCAGGACAUGGCAGAAAUAAUUGUUGACUAAUCGGCUAAUCAAGAAAAUAAUCAUCAGAUUAGUCGACUACCAAAAUAAUCAUUAGGUGCAGCCCUAGUAGUUAAGAAAGGUAUUAGUAGUUGUGGGAGAUGUGUCUCAGUAGUAAUGUCCAGUUAUUGUCUCAGUAUAAUAUAAUGAACCUAAAGAGGGUAUCCCUCAUCCGAGGGAACCCUUUGUAGCACCUUCUUUAAGAGUGUUUAAGUUUUCUGCAUUUUUUAAACAUUCAAACUGUCCCACCUACAGUCAACAAAGCUUUACUGUGCAGUUACCCAUAAUCCUUCUUCAAAACAAUUUAAUAAAGAAGCUUUUUUCUGAG